AUGCUGCGACAGCAGGCUCGGGAAUACUCAAUGUCAUUGUCGGACAUAGUCAAGCCAUGGGGGACACAUCUUGCCUGUCUCCGAGCCGAGGACGGCAUACACUGGCGAGCACCAGCUAUCAUGGUUGUCAGCCUGUUCAGUGGCAUCAUGGUGUCUCUGUUCCACCACCUGUUCAAUAGCUUUCUUGAGGGUCGGAGUGCCGGCAGUGCAACCGAGCAGCAAUGGGUUCGUCGGCUUGAAACUGCCUUUGCUUUCAUGUCGAGACUCUUUCUAGCUGCUUCUACGACAGUCGCGUACUCUCAGUACCUCUGGCUGUAUCUGCAGCGGAAGCCUUCCAGAGUGUCGUCAAUAGACACCAUGUUGGCUGCAACGAACAACACUUUGCGGUUCGUCAAUGUCGGUUUCUGGCGCAAACGACCAAUGCUGGCUUUUCUGGCGUUUGUGAUAUGGUGUCUACCUCUGUCGGCUGUAUUUACGCCGGGUACCUUGACAGUGCAAUCUCAGCUACAAACCUCCAAUACGAUGAUCAUGAUUCCCGACAGGCAAUAUGGCGGCAUUUCGUUCUACGCUACUACCGUGCCAGGCAAUGGCUCUUCUCUGUACAAGGGAAUGACCGUGGAGACCACGCGGAAUGUAGGAAGGGUCCAAUUAGCCAAUGCGCUGCUUUCAGUGCCACGACCAGAUACGAACGUCACGUAUUCGACCCAUUUCUUUGGUCCAGCCCUAUCUUGCUCACCUGCAGAGGAUGAGAUGCUUAAGUCGGUUGGACAUGCUCUCCGGAAUCUUACCAACAGUUUGUUUGCAUAUCACGGGUACUCCUUUUCAAACUCACAAAUCGUUUAUUUUGGUUGGGUGCCACAAGUUGGUGCUUCGGAUGUCAAUACUUCAUUUUUCGAAGAUCUGAUCAAACAGGGCAACGGCUUAAGCAGUGACAACCUUGAUUAUGUCUCCUCCGAUGCAGCACGAUUCUACGUCUACCUCAAUACCAGUGGACUUACUCAAGGGAACAAUGGUGAUGGUCAAAUGGAACGAGUCUCGACCGUAACACAAACGUCCGAUGCCCUGAUAACUUGUGCUAUGUACAAUGCGUCAUAUCAAACGCAUUUUGAUGUUCGAACGACAGGAGAGCAGAAUGUGACGGCGAACACCACCUUUUUGAACUGGCAAGCUACUCAAGCCCACAUUUCGGACGAUAUGAGCUCACUGGAAAUCGGAAACGCUUUCAGCACGCAAGCUCUCAUGGAAGCUUUUGGCUGGACUUUUACUCAAUUCUUCUACGUGCUUCCUCCCUCCAACGGAUCCACAACCAUUUACGGUACGCAUACACUGCAAAUGAACUCGGCCCUGCUCCCCGUACAACCUGGAUUGGACCCGAGCGAUUCUGCUCAGUACAUGAUGCACCAGAUGGAGGAUUUUUUCAAGAACAUGACUGUGGGUCUCCGUUACGGAGAAUUGCCAGAGCACACUGGUGAUUCUGAUUCAUCCAUGACCGCCGUUAAUGCGACUUCGAGGUGGUUUCGCUCCGACUAUGUCUAUGAGCCAGAAGCCCUGAUCAUCGCCUACUUCAUCAGCAACACAAUGUCCCUGCUUUGUAUUGGUAUCGGGGCUUUCGCUAUCUACAAGAACGGCGCCUGCUUCACCAACAACUUCUCGACCAUUGUUCGCGUCACGAACCAUCUCGACUUCGAGGACUUGAUUGAUCAGGCCAAGGACCGCUCUGGUGCUGAUCCGCUGCCGAAGCAUAUCGGCGACACCGUCAUAAGCCUUGGACAACAGCGGCAGCAAAUUCAGCAACAAGAAGUCCCCGUGCUCCCCGGGUUGAACAUUGCCGUCAAGAUGGACUUUCGCCAUACCGACUUGCAAUGA